AGGAGGCAUUUCAGUGGGGAGGGAACAAGUGGGAGAACGAAAAGCAAGUUCUCAGUGUGGGAAAGCAAGCGACGGAGGAAUUUCAGAGAAUAUUUGGAAGUGAGACAGGCAGUGAAGGCUCUAAUUUAUUCCUGGGUCUCUCUUCAGGGCGAAUUGAGAGUUGGAAACCCGAUGUCUGAUUGGAUGCCUCUUCCUCUGGUUCAAACAUUGCAAAGAAUUCCAGGCUCCUCGGCAAGGUACCAGUCUGCGGAAGAUUUUGCCUGCAGCUGACUGCUAGAGUAACUAUGGCAUCUCGAGACGCCAGUCUUCUUAAAUCUCUGUCAUUGCCUGUCCAGGGCAUGCAUGUGAUGCACGUGGAUUCAGUCCAGCACUGGAUGAAGGACUUGAGGCUAAUGGCUGAAUGUGAAUGCAUGUGCAUACUUCAGUCCAAGCCUAUCAGCACAGAUGGUGAUGGGCAAAGUGAGCUGGUGGUGGCACCCCAGCGCAUCUUAGAAGACAAGCUUCAGGCCCUGCUGAAGAGAGCUUGGAUCAUUACCACCGAACUGAGCAAGAUCUUCCACAAGCUGGAGCAGAACCGUUGGCAGAGGAUUCACAGCACGGCUGUGAGGGUGGGCUGCCAUGUCCGAUCGUUGAUUAACGAAUACAACAGCUACACCGGGAGCACACCAGCGGAGAUGCGUCAGUUUGAAGAGUCUUUAAUGAAGCAAUGUUCAGACCUGACUGCAAUGACUGAGAGGUGUGUAGGUGUUGAAGAUCCGGAAACCUUGAAGCCAAUGAAAGGCGUGAUUGUUGGUGCCCUGAUGUCGCUGAGCCAGUCUUUCAGCCAAAUGGUUGAACUGGCUCUAACGCAUGAAAUACAGGACCUGGUGAGGCAGGUGGAUUCAUGCACCAGCAUGCUUGGCGUUGAAGCAGCCAUCAGCAGCCUCAUCGAUCUGACACAGGAAGGCGCUCACUUGUGUCACAUCAUAGCCAAGAUUCCUUUGGUGGAACCAACCAAGCCGGAUGUGUCCUAUGUCAACUGA